CAGUCUCUCCACCAAAAGAUAAACUGCUUCUCCAGCUGCUAGCUCGGAGGGCGGUCCGAGAUGAUGAGCAUGCUAGUAGCCCUCGAGCGGACUAGCUGUGCAUAGCUAGCCUGCUACUAAACACUGCAGUUUCUUUUUAGACGCUACGAUGAGGAACAUCAUGAAGUUUUAUUGGUUUAUUUCACUACAAUAUUAUGACAACAAUUUCGGGAGCUAGGGGUGUCUUCCCCCCUACUAAACAAGGACUACCCAGAUCCCUUACAAUACCCGUUUAGAUGGACUGACGUUGGUUGACAUCACAUCGCUCUUCUGGUAAUUACCAGGUUCUGAAAGGAGCAGAUUUGCUGGCACAACCAUGCCUCCCAGGCCGUCCUCCGGAGAACUAUGGGGGAUGCACUUGAUGCCCCCCAGCAUCUUAGUGGACUGCCUUCUGCCAAAUGGCAUGAUUCUCACGUUGGAGUGUCUCAGAGAGGCCACACUUAUCACAGUCAAGCACGAGCUGUUCAAAGAGGCCCGGAAGUACCCUCUUCACCAUCUGCUGCAGGAGGAGAGCUCCUACAUCUUUGUCAGUGUCACCCAAGAGGCGGAGCGGGAGGAGUUUUAUGAUGAGACCCGGAGGCUGUGCGAUCUAAGACUUUUUCAAGCUUUCCUCAAAGUUAUCGAGCCAGUGGGUAACAGAGAAGAGAAAAUUCUCAAUAGGGAGAUAGGUUUUGCGAUUGGAAUGCCUAUUUGCGAGUUUGAUUUGGUGAAAGACCCAGAAGUCCAGGACUUUAGAAGGAACAUUCUAAAUGUUUGCAAAGAAGCUGUGGACCUUAGAGACAGUAAUGGACCUCACAGCAGAGCUUUGUACGUUUAUCCUCCGAAUGUAGAAUCCUCAGCAGAACUUCCCCGGCACAUCUAUAAUAAGCUAGAUAAAGGUCAAAUCAUUGUGGUCAUAUGGGUCAUCGUUUCGCCAAGCAACGACAAGCAGAAGUACACCCUGAAGAUCAACCACGACUGCGUGCCAGAGCAGGUGAUUGCCGAAGCCAUCCGGAAGAAGACGCGGAGCAUGCUCCUCUCCCAGGAGCAGUUGAAGAUGUGCGUCCAAGAGUAUCAGGGAAAGUACAUCCUCAAAGUCUGCGGCUGCGACGAGUAUUUGCUGGAGAAAUACCCCCUGAGCCAGUACAAGUAUGUCCGCAGCUGCAUCAUGCUGGGAAGGAUGCCCAAUCUGAUGCUGAUGUCCAAAGACAGCCUGUAUUCCCAGCUGCCGAUUGACAACUUCACCAUGCCGUCGUACGCGAGGCGGAUAUCAACAGCCACGCCGUAUAUGAACGGGGAGACGGCCACCAAGUCGCUUUGGACAAUCAGUGGAAUGCUAAGGAUCAAGAUACUCUGUGCUACUUACGUCAAUGUAAACAUCCGGGACAUUGAUAAGAUCUAUGUCAGAACAGGGAUAUACCACGGUGGGGAGCAGUUGUGCGACAACGUCAACACCCAACGCGUGCCCUGCUCAAACCCCAGGUGGAACGAGUGGCUCAACUACGACAUGUACAUUCCGGAAAUCCCCAGAGCUGCCCGACUCUGCCUCUCCAUCUGCUCGGUGAAAGGAAGGAAGGGAGCUAAAGAGGAGCAUUGUCCUCUCGCCUGGGGCAACAUCAACCUGUUUGACUACACCCACACACUGGUAGCAGGAAAGAUGGCUCUCAACCUGUGGCCUGUCCCUCACGGCCUGGAGGACCUGCUCAACCCUAUCGGUGUCACGGGCUCCAACCCCAACAAGGAAACCCCAUGCUUGGAGCUGGAGUUCGACCAGUUCAGUUGCCCAGUCAAGUUCCCCGACAUGACCAUCAUUGAGGAUCACGCAAACUGGAAUAUAUCCAGAGAGCUGGGCUUUAAUUACUGCCACACCGGUUUGAGCAACCGAGUGGCUCGUGACAACCCCCUUACUGACGGUGACAAUGAGCAGCUGCGACAAGUGGGUAACAGAGACCCGCUGUCUGAAAUCACUGAGCAGGAGAAAGACUUCCUGUGGAGGCACAGGCACGACUGUAUCAAUAUCCCAGAGAUCCUUCCAAAGAUCCUCCUGGCAGUGAAAUGGAACUCCAGGGACGAGGUUGCACAGAUGUACUGCCUUCUGAAAGACUGGCCCGCCAUCAAGCCGGAACAAGCCAUGGAGCUAUUGGACUGCAACUUUCCCGAUCCCAUGAUCAGGGAUUUUGCGGUGAAGUGCCUUGAGAAAUACCUAACUGAUGACAAGCUCUCACAGUACCUCAUUCAGCUGGUUCAGGUCCUAAAGUAUGAGCAGUACCUCGAUAACCCACUUGCCCGCUUCCUCCUGAAAAAGGCAUUAACCAAUCAGAGGAUAGGACAUUUCUUCUUCUGGCAUUUAAAAUCAGAGAUGCACAACAAAACAGUGAGCCAACGCUUCGGCCUGCUGCUGGAGUCGUACUGCCGGGCGUGCGGCAUGUAUCUGAAGCACCUGAGCAGACAGGUGGAAGCCAUGGAGAAGCUCAUUAAUCUCACCGACCUCCUCAAACAGGAAAAAAAAGAUGAGGCGCAGAAGGUUCAAAUGAAGUUUUUGGUGGAGCAGAUGAGGAGGCCUGACUACAUGGAUGCACUGCAAAGCUUUAUCUCCCCACUGAAUCCUGCACAUCAGCUUGGAAACCUCCGCUUGGAGGAAUGCAGGAUGAUGUCAUCCGCAAAGCGGCCUCUCUGGCUAAAUUGGGAAAACCCAGAUAUGAUGUCUGAGCUGCUCUUUCAGAACAAUGAAAUCAUCUUCAAAAAUGGAGAUGAUCUGAGGCAGGACAUGCUGACGCUGCAGAUCAUUAGAAUAAUGGAGAACAUCUGGCAGAACCAAGGCCUUGAUCUCAGGAUGCUGCCGUACGGUUGCCUGUCUAUCGGGGACUGCGUGGGUUUGAUCGAGGUGGUGAGGAACUCGCACACCAUCAUGCAGAUCCAGUGCAAAGGAGGACUGAAGGGGGCACUGCAGUUCAACAGCCACACACUGCAUCAGUGGCUCAAGGAUAAGAACAAGGGAGAGAUGUACGACCAGGCCAUAGAUCUGUUCACGCGCUCGUGUGCUGGCUACUGCGUGGCCACGUUCAUCCUGGGAAUAGGAGACCGACACAACAGCAACAUUAUGGUCAAAGAUGAUGGACAGCUGUUCCAUAUAGACUUUGGCCAUUUCCUCGACCACAAAAAGAAGAAGUUUGGGUACAAAAGAGAGCGCGUGCCCUUUGUGCUCACUCAGGACUUCCUGAUCGUUAUUAGCAAAGGAACACAGGAGUGCACCAAAACGAGGGAGUUCGAAAGGUUCCAGGAGAUGUGUUACAAGGCGUACUUGGCAAUCCGGCAACAUGCCAACCUCUUCAUCAACCUCUUCUCCAUGAUGCUGGGCUCAGGCAUGCCCGAGCUGCAGUCGUUUGACGACAUCGCCUACAUCCGGAAGACCCUGGCCCUGGACAAAUCGGAGCAGGAGGCCUUGGACUACUUCAUGAAGCAGAUGAACGACGCCCACCACGGCGGCUGGACGACCAAGAUGGACUGGAUCUUCCACACAAUUCGCCAGCACGCCAUGAACUGAGCACGGUGGGGCAUGAGAGCCCGACGCAGCGACAGCUCUCACACACACACAAAAAAACAAACAAACAAGUUUUUUUUUUCCCGUACACAUGAAGGCCUGGUCAACAGUUUUGCCAGCGGUGUCGCUCGAAAACAUUAUUCGCCACACUACAAAUCGGAGUUAUCCAGAAACCCCAUUUUAAAAAGAUGGGAGAGUACCUCAGCUGUUUUUUUCAUAGGAAUUUAUAAAUUCUAACGGACCUUGACAACAUCAGCCUUUACAUGAACUAUGGAGAAUUUUCUUUUUCUUUUUUUAUUCGUUUCAAAGUAUCUCCAGCUAUCAGGAUUAACAGAGGAACAUAAUGAAGUGGUGAAUCCCUACACAGUUAGCUUUUUCCUAAAGACUUUCUAACAGACUAAAAGAGUAGCAGACUCUUUUUUUUUUACCCCUACUACCUAUGUUAAAACUGGUGAAAAUGAGGCAGGUUGGGUUUAUCAGUGCGUACGCAGUGUACAAGCGCAAAGAAGAAAAAAAAAAAGAACUAAGCCCAAAAGCACUCACACACUGGUAUGAACAGUCCCCAGCACUACAAGUACGAGACGGAGUUGGUGUGUUGAUGAAGAAGCUAAGCCAGCAGUUCACACUUUUUGGAGCAAACUACGAAAGCGCGUUUCUAACCUGCCAUGUCACGCCAGACGGCUGAAUUUUGUACAGCACGAUAUCCGUAUACUUGUAUGCAUUUGGUGCACAUAUUCCUUAUUCGAGUAAAUUUUCUACUGAGCCAAAGUACUAAGCGUAUAACCCCACUACUCGACAGGUUCACUGCGAAUGGAAGAAGAAGAAAGGAAAAAAAAAAAGAGUCACUAUUAUUCCAAGUCUCGUGUGUCCACAUAGCACUGAUGUCUGCAGUAUUUGUUUUUGUUUUGUCUAUCAGUAUUACUCAGCCGAAGUACAUCCGCCAUCCACCCAGCUCAGACGGACCAGAUGAAAAAACUCUCCGAUGUCCGCCCGCUCAACGCGACUUUAUCCGUUUGUGCGUUUGUUUGCUUCGGCAUUUAAAAACCAUCGAAGGGGUGCGUCUGUGUAGUGUUUGUUAAGCAUCUUGCGCUGUUACACUAUGCAAGUUGGGAUCCUCGCGUACUGUAAAUGCCAAAAAAAAAAGAAAAAGAAAAAAAUAACAAGAAAAAACAAAACAAGGUGAUGUCAGACUAACCUUCCCGAUUGCACUGGCACAGAGAGCAGUGUCGGGUGGGGGGGGGGGGAGCAAAAUGCUGCCAUGGAACGGCUUAGUUCUGCUUCUUUCCAGCAAAACGAACUGUGAGAAAAAACCUGCCUUUCUAGACCCUGCCUUUUACCUGUCCUUGCAUUGCUUCUCAACUAACUAACUUUGAAACUUUCUACCUAAGCCAUCAGUAUGCCCGAUAUGGAGUGUUGCCUCUCUCCUCGCUGUCAAUCACAGACUCUCGACAUCCGGGUAAAGAAAAGUGACCGAAGUGAUAUUCUCUCAACCCUCCAAGUGUCUUCUUUCCGUACUCCUUCCUGUGAUUGUUGCUCCUCUGCACAGGUCCACGUGCACGAGGUCUGCUUAGUAUUCUAGCUUUACAGAAUAAGUCAGAGGUAGACGGUCUCCCUGACCCCUACGUAGCGCUAAAAGUCCAGGUUGUGUCUCCUGCACACGGUUGAAGGCUUAGAGCUGCUCAGGAGACCGAUUCCACCAGGACGCAUGGGCCUCUGUACAGGAUACAGAGCAGUGGGCCGGACCCCAACUGACAGAACUAAACCCCAUGUACUUUAUAGAAAAAUCUAAAUGAUGCUAUUUUCCCUUUGUACUUAGCUAUGGUAGCUUCUUUAACACACUGCAUUAUGCAUGAGGUCGUCAGAUAUCUACUUUCUAUCUUUUCUUUUUGUAUCUUUUUUUUUUUUUUUUUUACCCGUUGUUUACUUGAAUUUCAUGUAUAGAAAUGAUCUUGUUACUUGUUUCGAGGUACAAAAAAGAAAGUGACGAUGAAGGUAACAGAUACUGCUACUACAUGUGCAAAUGCUUUCCUUGAAUAACUAUAGAGGUAAUAUAUUUUUGUAUUUUGAAAUGUAAACAAAACUCGUACGUGUAACCGCUAACCAAAAACGAAAAAAAAAGGAAAAAAAAAAAAAGGAGAAGGAGGCAACAUUCUCAUAUUAAGUCCAGCCGCCUUCUCCUUGAUGUUUAAUAGAAGAGGUGAAUGAAGGUUCACCAGUAUCAAACAGAGACCUCUCGUCUUCUGGUGGAAGUCUAUAUGCACAAUAAGUUUGAAGAAACUACCCUGCAUGUUUCAAAGCAAACCAGAGUCAUGUUAAUUAUGUAUUCAUUUUUGUAUAUCUCAUAAAGCUUCCAACACUAACCUGUUUUAACCAUCCCGUACGUCCGAUAGACUGUACCCAUUCAUUUAUUGUGCUGUUGAAUAAAAACUUUUUUCCCUAAGAA